CUUUCUGCCAGAAUGGAGUCUAAAAGGAGAGGAGGUGGGGGAAGAGCAUUUGGCUCAUUCUCAGAACAAGUUGUACAACAGCAGAAUGGGGCACUUCCUAUUGGGAGUUUCUUGCUUGACAAGCACUAACGGAUGAGUUUAGACUGUUAUGUGUGAAUUUCAAAAUGGAGGCAGCUCUGGAUCUUCACCCUUUCCCUCACGAGAACUCAAUGACAAAAUUCUCUCCAUCUUCUUCCCUAACUGAUUUCCCUCUUCAGGGCUUCUAGUUCCCAGCGAAUAUGUGAUCUCUUAUUUUAAGCAAAGAAAAUCACAAUGGAUGCUGGAUCAAGAAGGCUUGAGGAGCUGCUCUCCAGAAAGAAAAAUCAGACUUGAAAUGAAGGCAAGUACUCCAGAGCUAAGUCUUCCUGUGGUAGCAAGUCACAAGCCAACAUCCAUCAGUGAUGGUCCUGUUCAUUUCUCUGGGAAAGAUAUCUGUGAUAUACUUGAGAAAAUCCAUAGUGGAGAGAAAUCUUAUGAACCUAAUCAAAGUGGAAAAGUUUUCACAGAAAGGUGGGCUCUUACUGGACAUAAGAGAAUCCACAUUAGAAAGAAACCUAUUGAAUGUAACCAAUAUGAAAAGUCUUUCAAAUAUAAAAAUAGUUUUCCUCUUUAUCAUAAAAUCCAUGCUGCAGAGAGACCUUAUGAAUAUAACCAAUGUGGAAAGGCUUUCAGAAAAAAGACCCAUCUUACUGCACAUCAGAGAAUCCACAAUGGAGAGAAACUUUAUAUAUGUAACCAAUUUGGAAAAGCUUUUGAAGACAAGAAAGCUCUUACUUUACAUGAGAGAAUCCACACUGGAGAGAAACCUUAUAAAUGUAACCAAUGUGGAAAGGCUUUUAGAUACAAGGGAGCUCUUACUGUACAUCAGAAAAUCCAUCUUAGAGAUAUAGCUUAUGAAUGUAUGCAGUGUGGAAAGGCUUUUAGAUACAAGGGAGCUCUUAUUGUACAUCAGAAAAUCCAUCCUAGAGAGACACCUUAUGGAUGUAAUCAAUGUGGAAAGACUUUUAUACAUAAGGUAUCUCUUAUUGUACAUGAGAGAAUUCACACUGGAGAGAAACCUUAUAGGUGCAACCAAUGUGGAAAGGCUUUUAGAGACAAGAGAGCUCUUACUGUACAUCAAAGAAUCCACACUGGAGAGAAACCUUAUAAAUGCAAGCAAUGUGGAAAGGCUUUUAUACAUAAGGUAUCUCUUACUGUACAUCAGAGAAUCCACACUGGAGAGAAACCUUAUGAAUGUAACCAAUGUGGAAAGGCUUUUAUACAUAAGGAAUCUCUUAUUGUACAUGAGAGAAUCCACACUGGAGAUAAACCUUAUAAAUGUAACCAAUGUGAAAAGGCUUUUAGAUACAAGGGAGCUCUUACUGUACAUCAGAGAAUCCACACUGGAGAGAAUCCUUAUAAAUGUAAUGAGUGUGGAAAGGCUUUUAUACAUAAGGUAUCUCUUACUACACAUCAGAAAAUCCACACUGGAGAGAAAACUUAUGAAUGUAACCAAUGUGGAAAAGGUUUUAUACAUAAGGAAUCUCUUAUUGUACAUGAGAGAAUCCACACUGGAGAGAAACCUUAUAAAUGCAACCAAUGUGGAAAAGCUUUUAGAGACAAGACAACUCUUACUGUACAUCAGAGAAUCCAUACUGGAGAAAAACCUUAUGAAUGUAAUCAGUGUGGAAAGGCUUUCAUAAAAAAGGCACGUCUUACUGUACAUCAGAGAACCCACACUGGAGAGAAACCUUAUGAGUGUAACCAAUGUGGAAAGACUUUUAGACAUAAGGGAACUCUUACUGAUCAUCAGAGAAUCCACACUGGAGAGAAACCUUACGAAUGUAAGCAGUGUGGAAAGGCUUUUAUAAAAAAGGCACGUCUUACUGUACAUCAGAGAACCCACACUGGAGAGGAACCUCAUAAACAUAACCAAUGUGGAAAGGCUUUUUUAGACAAGGUCUCUCUUACUGAACAUCAAAGGAUUCACACUGGAGAGAAAACUUAUGAAUGUAACCAGUGUGGAAAGGCUUUUAGAAGAAAGAAUUCUCUUACUAGACAUCAGAGAAUCCACACUGGAAAGAAACCUUGAAUGUAACCAAUGUGGAAAGGAUUUUAUAUAAAAAUUGGAUUGGUUCUUGCCAGAUCUAUGACGAAAGGUAAAAGCAUUAAAGUAAGGAGGAAAAUGACUUAGGAAGAGAACAUUGGGACAAGAUGUGCUAGUGCUGAUGCCUUCCACACUUAUCCUUCGUUAGUUAUAAGACUAGACGGAACAUGAGGAAGGAAAAAUAAAAGAUGACUAAGGAUGUCAGACAGCUUCUUAGCCAUAUUGUAUCCUUUUCUACCUGGUCAUGUACUUGCAAGACAGCAUGAUAUAAUGGAAAGAUCUCUACAUUUGGACUCAGAAGACUUGGGCUGAUAUUCUAGCAUCACUCUUUCUUAGAACUUCUUCAAGUUAACAAGCAUUUAUGAACCUGAUACAUGCCAGACCUUGGCAUGUAGGAACCAAAAGAGAGUUGCAGAGGGUGUCCCUUGCUCCUAUGGAGAUCACAGACUGGUGGGACUGACAACACAAACCACUAGGUGGAAACCCCCUUGGAACAGAUAGUGUCUCACCAAAUCACUAUCAAUAUUAUCUUGCUUUAUCCUUGUGAGAACCCAUUUUACAGAGAAAGAAACUGAACUAAAUAGAGACCCUGUGGCUUGCCUAUCAAGUUUCUGAGUUGACAUUAAAACUCAGUCUUCGUGUCUUAAGGCCUACAGUCUAUCUACUGCACCAUCAUCUGUAUUCUGAUUUUGAAACAGAAUAUUAUAAAAAUGUUCCCACAUAUGUGAGGUCAAAAAAUGUAAGAAAAUCUGCACAAACUCCCACUUAAAGAUAGAAAUUCAUUCUUUUCAACUCUAACCAAGUAAACACUAAUUACUAUUAAAAUUUAUCUUUCUAUUGAUUCAUGACAUCCAUUGGAAUAAAUGACACGUGCAUUUAAAGGGCAAUUCCAAAUAAUGCUUUGUGUUGUUGGGUUGAUUUUUUUCACAUUUUUCAUUGUUUUCUUUUAUUUAUUUAUUUAUUUUUAAAUAAAGCUUUUUAUUUUCAACACA